UAAGCGAAUGAGUGCCAUUGAUAAAUAUGGCAAACACCUCUGCUGUGUAAUCACUUUUAUAUGGACAGUGAAAUGACGGAGAAGUACAUCCUUGUGUUCCUCUCGAUUCUUGUGUCCUGUGAGGCAACGCAACGUCCCAACAUUGUUUUCAUAGUUGCAGAUGAUUUAGGAUGGAAUGAUGUUGGUUUCCGAAACCCAAACAUGAAGACUCCUAACAUUGACAAACUGGCUGCAGAAGGGAUCAUCUUUGAGAGCGCCUAUGUCCAGCCAUAUUGCAGCCCUUCCCGCACGGCCUUCAUGAGUGGAAUGUUUCCAUUCAAGGUGGGCAUGCAGCACAAAGUUCUGAGCAGAGUUCAGCCUGCAUGUGUGCCUCUGAACUACACCUUCCUGCCGCAAGAGUUGAAGAAACUUGGAUACGCUACUCACAUGAUCGGCAAGUGGCACCUGGGGUUUUGCAAAUGGGAGUGUACACCAACAUACAGAGGGUUUGAUUCGUUCUUCGGCUACUACGGUGCAGAGGAGGACUACUUCAAUCAUAGCGUUGGUGCCUUUUUAGAUUACCGCGAUAACGAACUACCCGCUUGGAAUUACACAGGAGAGUAUUCAGCUUACACGUUCGCCCGGAAAGCUGUUGACGUCAUAAACCAGCACAACGUCUCCCAGCCUUUGUUUAUGUAUCUGCCAUAUCAGAGUGUACAUGCUCCAAUUGAGGUUCCCGAGAAGUACUUCAACAUGUACCCUAAUGUGUUAAACCAUGGACGCAGAACAUUUUCAGGAAUGGUCUCUGCGCUCGAUGAUGCAGUUGGGAACGUCACGAAGGCACUUAAGGAGAAGGGGUUGUUUGAAAACACACUCAUUCUGUUUACAACUGAUAAUGGAGGUCCUCUAGAAAAUAAUGCGAACAACUGGCCUCUGAGAGGGGGGAAACACACAAUCUGGGAGGGAGGCACGAGGGGGACAUCCUUAAUGUAUGGCGCCGGACUGAAGAAAACCAAGACAACAUACAAUGGAAUGAUGCAUGCAGUAGACUGGAAACCCACCUUGGUGUCAGCAGCUGGUGGCACUCCUGAUAGAUCUAUCGAUGGCAUGACCCACUGGGAAUCAAUCAGGAAUGGCCUUCCGUCGUCACGGACCGAGUUCAUAUACAAUCUUGACGACUUUGAACCUGCGACGGAAGGACAUGCUGGAAUAAGGGUUGGAGACUACAAGCUGUUAAUGGGCUACCCUGGGGCACCUGACGGCUGGUACAAGCCUAAUAUGAACAGGACACGAGGGGAUGUUUUUGAUAACCUGAUAUAUUUGAAGGGUGAUAGCCCAGUGCAUCUCUACAACAUUCGUGAGGAUCCUACUGAGCAUAACGAUCUGGCAGCAAAGAUGACGGACAUGGUUGACAAACUUAGAACCCGGAUUGAUUAUUACCGGAAGCAGAUGGUCCCCGCCCUUUUCCCUCCUCCCGAUCCCGCAUCUUUCCCUAAACAAUUCGGGAACGUCUGGAGCCCGGGAUGGUGUUGAUGUUCUUUUCACUGAAUGAGUUCAUCUUAAACAAUAUUUUAUUGACUACCAUUUGAAUAAAAAAAAUAUGUAAAA